AGAGAGAGAGAGAGAGAGAGAGAGAGAGAAGGUAAAAAUGGGAGAAGAUACUGUGAAGAUCCAGGGAAGAAGAAGCUAUGGCGCUCCACGCUACACCAGGCAAGUAGCAGCUGAUACUCUCGCCGCCAUGGUUACCCAUCCUCUGGACACCGUCAAAGUGAGAAUGCAAUUAGGCCAGGGACCGAAUUUCCAGUUGGUCACCCGCAUGAUUCAGAAUGAAGGCAUUUCUAGCUUCUACAAGGGAUUGUCUGCUGGGCUGCUGAGGCAAGUUACGCAUUCUGCUGUUACUAGAUACUCUUACAACCAUGUAGUCAGAGCCUCAUAUAUAGCAGAUGGUGGUAACGAGAUCAGUCCAUUUUAUCGAAUGUUCUUCUGUUCAAUGAUUGCCAACACCAUUGGAGCUGUUGCAUCUAAUCCAGCUGAGUUAGCAGCCACCCGCAUGCAAGGCGAUGCAACCUUACCUUCAGCUCUGCGCCAGAAUUACAAGAAUGUGUUUCAUGCAUUGUAUCAAGCUGCCUCCAAAGAAGGAAUUUCAGCACUCUGGAGAGGGGCUGGUCCUAAUGCAUUGGGCAUGACGGCAAUACGCUUAGGAUCUAAUGCCUCUCUGGAAGGCUUGAAGAUCUUCAAGCAUCAUAUUCCCAGGGAGAAUAGAGUGCUGACUGGCUGCCUACUUUUUGUGGUUGUACCCCCAGCCUGUGGCAAGCCAUUUGAUUACGUAAAAACCCAAUUGCAAAUGAUGCAGCCAGAUGCUAAUGGCAGAUAUCCAUACUCUGGAGCUCUGGACUGUGCCAAGAAAACCUUCAAGCUGGGAGGGCCACUCAAAUUUUACUCUGGAUUUUCUACCUACUGCUUUACACUCGCACCUCAAUCCUUGCUGGCCUACUUGAUCUACGAAUUCGCUUUCAAGGGAGUGGAUAUGUCGUAG